CACUUGACCCCUGCUGACGUAGGCUGGCCAUUUACAUUUAGGGACACCGACUCACUACAUUCUUAAUACCAUUUCCAGCGUGGAGAGAAGCAGGCGCAGGGGAUAAAGAGAAACAGAGAGGGUUUUCUGAACGCUGCAGGAGCUCAGUUUACAGCCAUAGACGUUUCAAAUCUUCCUUUGGAUUGCUUGUGACCAGUGAUUUUUGACCUUGAAUCACCUCUGUUCCACUUCUUUGGUUCUCUGUACCUUAUCUAAUUUGCACAGCAACUGGUAGCACUGAGGGGUAGAGCUGGCUACGGUUAUUGAAAAGGUCUUUUCUUCUUCACGGGCACAACUGGUCCUGUUUUUGCCUCGAUUUGGUGUCCUGACGUGAUUUUUAAAUCAACGGAAACCAUGAGUUCCUCUGUAAAGAACAAAGGAGGAAAUGGCGACAACUCAGGCUUUGACCUCGUCCAAAACCGGAUUGAGUCACUUAGCAGCAAGAUGGACAAGCUCAUCAACAUUCAAGAGAAAGUCCUCAACAGACUGGAUGGCAUGUCUCAGGACAUUGACUACAUCGAAAAGGAUAUGGAGAAUCUGAAGGUGGACAAGGAGGAGAUCCAUCUUCCACCCAAGAUGGUGAACCAGACCCAGGCGGUAAUGGGGCGGGAGGUGAGGGAGAUCUGUCAGGAGAUGAGCACUAUAAUGUCGGCGGUGAACCAACGGUCCGAGCAGCAGGCUCAGAAGCUGGAGGGGAUGGAAAAGCUGGUCCUCAGCAUGCAGCAGGUGAUCAGCUUCAUCGGGGAGACGGUGAAGAGCUCCAGGGUUAUGGAGCUGAUGUUCAAAGGCCCCGCAGCUCGGAAGAGCAAGUCCAAAGACAAUAAAGGCAAGCAAGCCAUUAGGAAGAAAUCAUCUACAGAAACAAUAGGCAAGAAGCUCGACAAGAAACCUACCUCUAAUAAAGCCAGUAAAGGGAGUCAGGAGAUAAUUCCUGCAUGUGAGUCCAGUUCUCCUCAGCCUGCUCACAAGAUAAAGCUCCGUGGACCAAAGCAUUUCCUCGCCUCUCGCAAAUGUGGAAACUUUGUAGGUUUAAUAUGCUUGUGGACUCUCAAGGACCACAAAGGUAAAGAUGGGACAGAUAAGCCCUGUAUGAGCCCAAAGGGAUUGAAAACUCAAACGAAGAUGAAGCCACCAGACACAGCAGAAAACUUCUCCCUGAAGAAGCAGGCAUUACUUCUCGAAGAGGUGCAGAAAUUAAACCAAGAGAAUAAGGAGAAAUCAGGUCAGCAGCUAAGCCCUGGAUUACUGGACCUGGAGGCUGGAGUUUCCCCCAAAGAUCAACAACUUGAUGCCCCUGCAACCGGUAUCCUGGUGGAUCUCAAAGAUGCCAAAGUGACUGUGGCUGAGGAAGAUCAGGCUGAGGAGGUAUUUACAGAGGAAGAGGAGGAAGAAGAGGUGGAACCGGAUACAGAACAGCCAAAGCUUGAGGAGAAAGAGGAAGAGAAGCUUACUGAACAAGAGGAAAAGAAGGAUGAAGUUUCUGCUCCUGAGGAAGAAGACAAAGCUGCAGAACUUCCUGCUGUCCCAGAGCAGGAAAAAGAGCCGGCUGCUUCAAGUGAUGAUAACCAAAAUGCCUCCACGUCUUCUGAGAUUAAAGAGACGAUAUCAGAGGUCAGCAUCAAAACUACUAAGUCCUUUGUGACUGAGGAACACUUUGUUGUGGAGGAACACAAGACCACCAAGGUGGUGGAGUUUGCGGAAGAGGAGAAAAAGGAGGGCGAUGAGGAGGACGCACAAAGGCCUGAGUCUGAAGGCUGGGCCGUCUUUAAGGCAGAAGGAGUCGAAAUCCAGUUUGACCUGAAGCAAUUGUUGGAGAGAGAGAGAAAGGGUAUGGAUGCAGUGAAGGAGGACGAUGAAGAUGACGAUGAUGUUGAGCGAUACUUUAUUGACACCGGCCCUCCUCCAGCAGCUCCUUUUAAUCACCACAUCGUCUCUGCCAAGCCCAGCCAGAUCAACAACUUCUACACCAUCAACUGGCAGGAGGUCCUGGGCGGGGGUCGCUUUGGUCAAGUGCACAAAUGUGUCGAAAACUCCUCUGGUCUUACUUUGGCUGCAAAGGUCAUCAAAGCCAGGAGUCAGAAAGAAAAGGAGGUGGUGAAGAAUGAGAUCCAGGUGAUGAAUAAUCUGGACCAUGCCAGCCUGAUCCAACUCUAUGCAGCUUUUGAGUCGAGGAAUGACAUCAUCCUCGUACUUGAAUAUGUUGGAGGAGGGGAGCUGUUUGACAGGAUCAUUGAUGAGAACUACACUUUGAUGGAGCUGGACGCUGUGGUGUUCAUCAGGCAGAUCUGUGAGGGCCUGCAGCACAUGCACAAAAUGUACAUCUUGCACCUGGACUUAAAGCCAGAAAACAUUCUAUGUGUGAACAGAGUCACAAGUAAGAUCAAAAUCAUCGACUUUGGUCUUGCUAGGAUAUAUAAGCCGCGGGAGAAACUGCGAGUUAAUUUUGGCACCCCAGAGUUUCUGGCGCCAGAAGUCAUCAACUAUGACUUUGUGUCGUUCAACACAGACAUGUGGAGCCUCGGAGUCAUCACCUACAUGCUUCUGAGCAGCCUCUGCCCGUUCCUUGGUGACGAUGAAAACGAGACUCUGAAUAACAUCCUGGCCUGUAAGUGGAACUUUGAGGAGCAGGAGUUUAUGGAUACAUCUGAAGAAGCCAAAGACUUCAUCACCAAACUACUGGUGGUGAAUAAAAGUUGGAGAAUGGGGGCAUCUGAGGCCUUGAGACAUCCUUGGCUGUCUGACACAGCCCUUCAUCAUUGCUUGUAUACAAAGAAAACUAUGUGUAGGUCACGGCGAUCAUCGUGUGUGCCCACCACUGAUAGCUGAGGACUACGAUGAGGCUCCAGCUGUGGCCGAUUGGACCAACCCUCCUGUCCAUGUAAAUAACCCAGUGUUAAGUCACUGCACCUGGAGGUGACAUGGGAAUGAGACUCUGGAUACUCUGAACCUUUUCUUGUGAUACACUGUGUUCUGUUAUUGAAGGAAUAUGCUGAACUGUGUACAGAUAAAAGAGCCUCAAUCAGUUGGGGUAUUCAGUUAAUAAAUGUUAUGCGACAGAAACGGAGGCUGACUACAGUAAUACAAACAUUGUAUGACAUUACCAAUCCAGCAAGAAAUGUUGGGAAACCUCUAAUGUUCAGUUACUGUUGAAACAGUGUGGAAGAAAUCUGUCUGGAGUAUCAUCGUUCCCAUUACCCUCUGUAAACCUUUUUGUUUUUCCUUCCCCCCAUUGUGUAUGGAAAUUCAUCAAACUGGUGCUAACGUCAUAAUGUGACCUAGCUUCUUUGGAAUUCAUGUUUUUCCUCAUAUACUGUAAGAGCUUGAUUGUUUUGCACCUUUGUUUUUAAAUAUCUACCUACUUCAUGUCGAAAUAUUUACUCAUCGAGCCAGUCGUUCAUCUCAAAUGAGAUUCACUGGGCCAUAAUCUUUUACUGCUGUUCUCAUUUUGUUGAUGAUAGACUGAUAGAAACAUACCUCAACUAUUUCUGUGUGAAGAAUACAUCAUGGUCCCUAUCAUAUGUCUGUUUUAUCCUCUGUUUUAUCUCUCUUACAAUACCUUUUUUUCCAUAAAUUGUAAAAAUACCAAACAGUAGAUUAAAAAUCACAUUGUCUGUUAUCUUGGGUGAUGGACUCCAUAAAGCAGCUGGGUUUGUAAUGUGUGUAUGGACAGGAAUUUAUAUAGUCAGUGUCAUGGGCUGUAGGAAGUGCACUUUAUAAUUGUAUUUAUUUUGACAUAGAUCAUACACAAAGUUACCACAUUUUUAUCAUACCUCCUCUCUUAUUCUUCUUUGUCCAGAUGUUCAUGUAGAAAACACAUUUUUACUUCCUAACCAACAGUUCACCCACUCAGUUAAUGUCUUAUCAAGUCUAUUAGUUUAUUUCUUUGAUGCAUGUCUCUACCUUUUUAUGUUUGUUAGCCAUUAUAGCCUCAAUGUCAUAAACUGAGGAAUAACUUUUUUUAACCUGUUUUUUUAUUGUACUGUAUACUUGAGCUGUCACAUCUGUCUAGCUGCAUAUUUAUCCUACUGUAGAUGCUUUUUCCUCUAAACAGUGUUAUUUUGCCUUCUGUGAAGGCCCAUUAGUAAUACUCCACCUACCUUGUGUUGUCUCAGUCAAAAGAAUGUUUUAAAUAUUUGUGGUUUUUAUUUUAACUUAACAAUGAAUGUAUCAGACACUAAUGCUGAACAUAGAGUGCUAGUAAAAGUUCUCCUCACAUAGUUUUAACAGUUUCAAAUUCAGCAUGUAUUUGUGAAGUGUGUACACAUCCAUUAAAAUG